AUGAAACAAAAAACUAUUUUAGAGACACCAGAAGCUGCAUUAGAAGUAAAUAUCUAGUUAUCUUCAGUAGUUCAGUGUUUAAAUUGUAUUUUUUUAAAGCCAUAAUCAUGAAAAUCUGAUAGCCCCUCUCCAAAACUUCCUCUUCUAGGUGCGUAAUACCUCUAGAUAUUCAAAAAAAUUUAAAAAUCCAGUUUUGUUAAUUUAAAAUUUUGAUUCAUUCCUUUUGUUGCUAUGUUUAUCAGUUUUCUUCAGGUAAUAGUAAUAAUUCUUUAAAAAAAAAUUAUUUAAUAAUUAAUUAUUUAAAAAUGAAAUGCUUAUUUAGGCAUUUAUUUCAUUCUGACAUUCUUUUGUUACUACAUUUAAAUAACUAUUUUUAAAUUACAAAAACAGGUAGGCCUUACUUUAAUUUAACUAUAUUUUUAAAGGAAUCAGCUGCAGAGGCUAUGAAAUAUUUUGAGUCCCAGCUUUUGACUCCAGUUAUUCAGAGGAGACCUAACUUCUAUCAGAGAGAUAAAACCCCAAACACUCUGAAGAUGCUGAAAGAGAAACAUAGAGAAAAUGAACGGUAUGUCAUGAAUGAAGAAAAUAUUAUACCUAUUUUUAAAAUUGUCUUAUUUCAUUUUUAAAAGGUGGCACCUGACUUAAGAAAAAUCUCAUUGAUUGACAAUUUUGUGUAAUACUGAAAACAAGUAAAUUUUCACACAAUAAAAUAAUAUACUAUAAUAAUAUAUACUUGAAAACAUCAAACUGAAAAGCUUUCCAAUUUUGUAUUUGCACGUAUUAAGGCUGACUACUCAUGUGUUUUUUUUUUCCAAAAUCUCUUUGUGAUGAGAUGUUUGAUUUUCCUAGUCUCUUAAUGUUGAUGCUGACUGAAAGCUUACACAAAUGAACUUCUUAGCUCAUUUAGAAAAUCUAUAAACUUUUACAGCCAACGACAUCAUUCUCUGAACCAACACCUACGUCUCAUCUGUAAAAAAGUUCCAGGCUCUGCUGAAGAUGGUAAAGAAACAAAGGUAUGUGGGAAGAUAUAUAUUCUUCUUUUUAAAAUGUAUCUGGUUUUUGUGGUAGCUGUAAUGAUCUAUAUGUCAAAUAUAACUAUCUAUAAACCUGUUUCUCCAUACUUAAUAUACUGAAACUUCAUCCAGUGUUGAGGUUAAUCAGUCAGUUUUAUUGUGCUUUUUUUUUUUUUUAAUUAAAGAAUUACACUUACGGUCAAUCUUAAGAAAAAUCCCUAAAAUCUACAGGUCACGGGCCUGACAAGUGCAUCUUUAACUGUGAUCAUAAAAUAUUUAUGAAAAUUUGAGUUUAUAAAAGUGUUUAAUAAUUGCUGUAUAAAACUCAUGAUUUUAAUACAAAUUAAAUGUUUAUAUUGAUAUACAUUUCCAGUAUCAUUGUUUGCAUUUCUUUACAUUGAAGAACAACACAACACCCCCCCCCCCCCCCCCUUUUUUUUUUUUAAAAAUAGGUUUUGAUGAUGCAAAGAAUAAUCAGUUACAUUGCCUACCUUGAAAAUACAAUCAAGUUUAUGAGCUCAGAAUUAAAUAUUCGUCCUCAAACAUCCUGGCUCUCCCUCACGUCAAGUGUAAAAGACAUUGAAAAAUCAGGUUUGAUUGUAACAUAAAUUGGAUCUUAAAUUUACCUGAUUUCAUGUUAAUUUAAAGAUUAGAUCAUGAUUUAUGGAGCCAUGAAUAGAUAUAGCAUAUGUGAAAUACAAUGGAUUCUAAUUCAUUGGAAUAGAUGAGCACCAGAGUCUUGGAAAAAUUGCUUGUCUGCCUAAAUAACUGAAACUAUACCUGGAUUAUGCUAAGGUUGAUUCAGAAACAUUUGUGAAAUUUAUUGAUAAACUCAAAUAAUGUAAAUAAUUGCUAAAACAAAUUUGCACCGAUCACUUAAAUUUCCUAAAUAUUUUUUUCAAAAUAAUGUUCUCCAUUGGAUUCUCAAGCCAUUUUCUUAUCGCCAUGGAGUCUUUGUAUGUGAAUUUAAUCCUGAAUGAUAGGCCCUAUUAUUUUCACUUUUUGAAUUUGGCAAAUCCAGACUUGGAACUUUAAUUUCCUCACUGAGCAAGUGAUAAUAUAUAUGGGGGAAUGCGUUAAAGCCGUGCGAAGUUUUUAUCUAGAUUUAAAUACACUUAGAUUGAUAUUAAUGCAUAUUUAACCAAAUGCAUCUAGCCAAAACGUUGGUUUAAUUGUCCUGCAUUUUUUCAUGCCUAAACAUAUCCUUUGAACUGUUAAUGGAGCAAAUCUGUUCAAACUGUUUCCUGUUUUUUUUUUGUUUUGUCUAAUUGCCACUCACGUAUAUGACAAAUUUUUUUAUUUUUUGGUGGUAUUUUUUGUAUAUAUUUUUACACAUAGAAAUGCUUUUUUACAGGAACAUGGAGAAGGGAAUUCAGUGUAAUGAGCUCUGAUGAUAGUGUAAGAUAUUUAUUUUAUUUAUUUUUAUGUGAAUGGGGUUAUAUUAUAUCUCAUCCAUCAAGUAAUGAGAGACAUUUUUUAACUUUAUCAGCUAUAAGAAGUUAUCUUUUUUUUUUUUUUUUUAGAACUUUUUAUAUUUUUCUUCUUUGCAUGAAUCAGGUAUAUUACAAAUUAUUGAUAUUUAUGAUAUAAUAUACUAUUAAUGAUGAAUAUGAAAAAAUAAUUGCCUAAAUAAUUUAUUUAAAUUUCAGAAACAAUCACCUUUUUUUAUAAGACUAUUUUUAACCAUAGUAUUUUUGCACAUAAUUGUGUCUUAUUUGAACAGGAGGAUAGCCAAGUGUUUGCAAACAAUGUUACAUGCAGGCUGAAAUUGUCUUCACCAACAAUUGAUUCAACUACUGAUUCUGUCCCGGGGGAUUCAGUCUGCCCCAGCACAUCAUGGGCUGUGGAGUCAGAUAACUUAGCUCAGGAGUCCCAAGAUUCAACUGUGCCUACAUCGAGCAUUUUCCUGGAAAUAGAUGAAGACAGUUCAACAAGAGAUUGCCAGGACUGGCUCGUGCCUCAAGUAGAAGUUGCCAUGGAUGAACGUGGUAACUAAAUCUCCUCUUAAAUAACUUUUAUUUCUCUGGUAUUUAAAUAAAUCUCAUCGUUUAACUCAACAUCUUGCCUACUCUUUAGAUAAAUCUCAUCAUUUAACUCAAUAUCUUGCAUACUAUUUAGAUAAAUCUCAUCAUUUAACUCAAUAUCUUGCCUAAGAUCCCAUGCAUAUAUGGCUACUGAAUAAGGAUAAUAAUGAUAAAUUAACAUUUAAAAAUUUAAAUUACAAAAGGUUAUAGUAAAAUAGAUAACAUUUAUAUUUUUUUAAAUUGGUUUUUAUAAGGCAUGCUUUUGUACAUGACACUCAUGAUUUUUGCACACGGGACUAAGAGGAGUAAUAUUUGAGAAAAGCGUGAAAUGAGGGACUCAUUUUAUUGGUGGGAGUUUAAUCUAUGAAAUUGAAGUGAGAAAUUUGAGUAGACAUUUUAUAGAAAACAAAAUCUCAAAUAUAAAACUAAAUUUUAGAUCAGAUAUGUGGACUCCUGUUAUUAAUGAAUGUUUAAGAAAGGAACCUAUAUAUUUUGGAUCUGCAUAUCCUGUUAUGUUACUGAUAUUAUUAAUGUUAUUAUUCCAAGGACUAUUUAUUGUGUUCCAUGUAAAUAAAGUGAAUAGUGUGUAAAAUUGGACUGGAUAAUGCAUUGUGAAAAGUGGCAGUAACAGUUGAUUUAACAAUUUAGAUAACUACCAUCACUGUGAGUCAAACGCACACAGGAUAGGAAGUUACAGUUUUCAUCACUCUGUGAAUUGUCUAAGAUUAAUGUUUAGAACAGAAAAGAAUUAGCCCAGUAAAUUUUAAAGUUAGUGUUUUCAAAUGUUUUUCCCCAAUAAAUUUGUUUAUGAGCUUUUAUUAUUUUUCUUACAACAUAGCAGUUUUCAUAAUUAAUUUUCAGCAAAUUUUGAUGGAUUGUUAGAUCAAUCUGAGUAUGAUCAAGCAUUGUUUGAGCUGCCUUCAUCAACAUUUGAGGUAAAUAAAAUGCAGAAUGUGCAAUCUUAA